UAACCACAGAAAUGUUUAUUUUUAGUGGUGAUAAGUCGGCGCGGACAAACAAAGGGAAACACGUUAAUGCUGUUACAUCACUUCAGUCUCAGAUGGAUCCUGUACGAGGCACAGACUGUUUGUUUGUUUAUUUAUAUAUAUACAGACUGUUUGUUUGUUUAUAUAUAUACAAACAGGAUUUAUUUAUUUAUUUAUUUAUUUAAUUAAACACAAACAUAUUUAUUUAUUUAAACACUGUUUGUAUUUAUUUAUUUAUUUAUGUAACUUGCUCACCAACGUGUUUCUUGCAGUUCGAUGUUCGGGGGUGUCGAGAGGAUCUGUGACUAAUGAGACGAUUGUUUUAGCUCGUCUGUUCUCGGUGGGAGUCGCUGUGGGGCUCGCUCACAGGAGAGGGAGGAGACAGAGCGACCGCGCCCGCUGACCUCGGCCGUGACACCAGAUGUGUUACUGCAGCCUCUUUAAAUAAAGUGGCAGUUUUUAACGUGACGUUUGAAGGAGGUAUUCAGAGCGAUUCCUCAUGACUUCCCCCAGAGUUCACAGUGAAGCGAGGCUCUGUGUCGAGCUCUGCCCCGCAGCUACUCCCGCUCUUCACAUGAUGUCUUUUCUAUCGCUCAUCCUCCGCCUGUCUCCCUCUGUUCUGUUUCUGUCACUCUUUCUGCCCCGUUCCUCCUCACGUCUUUGUUCUCUCCCUGCAGAUGCAAGGUGUGGCGAAGGUGGACGGCGACUCGGAGCAGAAGUUCAUCGAGGGGACGUUGGCGGAGGAGCCCAGCCCGGCGCCCACGGAGCCGCAGACACCCAUGGACGCAGACAAAGCCUCCAUAUAUCGGCACCCCCUGUUCCCUCUCUUGGCGCUGCUGUUCGAGAAGUGCGAACAGUCGACGCUGAGCUCCGACUGCAUCACCUCGGCCAGCUUCGACGUGGACAUCGAGAACUUCGUCCGCAAUCAGGAGAAGGAGGGAAAACCCUUCUUCAGCGAGGACCCUGAACUGGACAACCUGAUGGUGAAAGCCAUCCAGGUGCUGCGGAUCCACCUGCUGGAGCUGGAGAAGGUGAGCGACCUGUGCAAGGACUUCUGCAGCCGCUACAUCGCCUGCCUCAAGACGAAGAUGAACAGCGAGACCCUGCUGAGUGGAGACCCGGGGAGCCCGUACUCCCCCGUACAGGGCCAGGUCCAGGGCUUCUCCCCCACCAAGACUCAG